ACGAUAUUAUGUGUGUGCUUCAAAAUGACCGUGUGCUACAAAGUAAACUCUCUGUACAACGUUCGAUCAUUUGUGCAGAAUAAAAAGGCGCGCGAUAGCUCGAUGUAUCGUAGUUCGCUAAAUGAUCUUAUAGCAUUUGUUUUUAAUGUUGGUUAAGUUACACAAAGAUGUCUAAAUCGCAGACUGUUUCCCUCAAGGAUCUAACAGAGGAUCAAAUUCAAAAGGCUUUUGAGAAAACGUUGAAUCAAUUUGAGCCAAUUCCAGGUUUCAGAUUAGUUCGUAUUACUGAAGAGUACUAUGAAAAAGCUGUCAAUUUGUGUCGUGAUCAUUUCCUGCCUAAUGAACCACUCUCAAAAUCUGUCGGUCUUACAUGGAACGAGAUAAUAGAGGCUUACUGGCUGGAGGCACUUCAGCUCAAUCUUUCCAUUAUGCUCGUUGACGAGAGCACAGACGAAGCUGUAGGCUUCAGAACAAUUAGAUAUGCCCUAAAAGAUGACAAAUUAGAGUUCGGUGUCGAGCUUCCAGAAGAGUUGCAGAUACUUCUAGAUUUUACCGAGUACUGUGACAAACAAGCUGAUUUCUUUGAUCAUUACGGCGUUACAGAGACAUUUCAUUUUCUGUCACUUGUUGUUUCACCUAAAUAUCAAAGACGCGGCUUUGCUUCAAAGAUAGUUCACGCUGCAAUGGAAUUGGUCAAAAACCUCGGUAUCGACAAUGUUUAUAUCAAAGGGGAAGGUUCAUCAAACUUUUCAAAAAAGAUUUACGACAAGGAAGGAUUCGAUGUUCUGUAUGAACAUAUGUACGAUGAAUGGGAGGUAGAUGGUGAAAAACCUUUUUUAAACACGGGAGAACAUAAAUCAGUUAAAGUAUAUGGGAAAAGAAUUCGUUAAUAAUUUGAAAAAGGAGAAGGCACGAUGACAUUAUAUAUCAAUUUUAAAAUGAGAUGCGUUAACAAUUUGGUAAAAAUAUUUUUUAAGCGUUUGGCAUAAGAUGUGACUUUCACUAUC